CACCUUGAGGAGACGGGGCUGUCUUGGCGGACACAAGUAAACCUGCUGUUAGGAACUUUGCGUAAUUUCUGGCGUUGCCGUGGUGGCUGAACGGAGGUUCAUACAAAUCGGAGAAGUUUCAGCCCCAGGAAAAGGCGGUUGCUUCAGGCAUAUCCAGGUCCGCAUUUAAAACACUCUCUGUGAUCUGAAAGGAUUAUAAUAUGGCAACGGGAGACCUUAAAGGAAAUUUGCGUAGAAUAGAACAAGGACUUCGACUUUUAAACUAUUCCAGAGAUGUGGAUUAUACUGGAUUAGCAAAAGGUGAUUCAUCUGCAUUUUUGCCCAUCAUCAGCUACUGCUUCACAUCUUUCUCAACACAUAUAAUGGAACUUCUGGUGGAACUGGAUGUGGAACUUACGGCAAAGAAUGAUUUGCGCUUUAUUGAAGCCACUUAUAAGCUUCUCCGGGAUCAUUUUCAAUAUAAACCAGUCUUAACAAAACACCAGUUUCUCCAGUACGGCUUUGCAGAAAGAAAAAUGCAGAUUGUUUGUGAAAUUAUUAGUUUGGUCCAUAAAAAACACAAAGAAUUAAGUAACAUGAAUAAGGUGAAAUCCCAAACAAGAAAGAACAUCCAUGUUAUUAAGCAUGAAUCACAAGCAAGCAGUUCACAUCUUCUUGGUUCUAUAUGUGACAAUGCUAUGAACUUUCAGCAGAAACCUCAAAUAGAACGCCAUGUGAGUACAUGUAAUACAUGUUCCCCAAAGGAUGUAGUCAGUGAAGUACUUCAUGAAGAAACUGAUAUUUCCUACAAUUCACAUGAACAACUCUUAGAAGAUAAUGAUGAUCAAAUGAAAGAAUUAAAAAGCCAACUUGCUGAACUGCAGGAAAAAGUUAAUAAACUGAAUUGGAUAGAAGAGAAGUUGAUAGUUUUAGAAGAGAAACUGCAGGGUAAAGUGAUUAUAGAUGAGAGAGACUGGAAUAAUCUAUUGAGCCGCGUCUUGCUCCUUGAAACACAACUAUUACUGCAACCAGAAAAGAUCAGUUUACCCACAGAAUCUAAUAACAUGAAUGAAGAAAAUACCUCUAACAUACAUAUGACGCCAGUUUCUCCAGAUAAAGGGAAGGAGGAACUGCCAGAGAGUCUUCACCACUCAUCUGGAUAUAGUUCACUGAUAUCUUCAGACCCAUCUCCCAAAGCCAUGGUUGUUAAUAAUCAUGAUUUAUCCAAGGCUUCAAAGGAGACAACAAUACAAAGAAUGGAACGAAUAAACAAAAUGAUUGAAGAAACGUCAGAGUUGUUGAAGACCUCAAGCAGCACCUCCUAGAGUAGUCUGCCCUACACUGCCAGAUAGCUGAAAGCAAUUAUGUAUAUGUGUAAAAUUUUUAGACCUACUUGAAUCCUUUUGCGAUUUGUCUUGACCCAAAUUAUUUGCAAAUGAUGCAUUUUUAUGAAAAAUAAAC